AUCCUCUUGCGCUCCUUCUCCGGAAGGACGAACUGAAAACCCGGAAAAGGGAUCUGGAAACUCCAGCAGGCACAUUGCGCUUGCGCAUGGGGGGGCCGGAAGUAGAGCCAGAGUUAUUCUGCUUCCGUUUCUGGUUUUGCUCCAGUGUUUGGGUCUCUUCGCGGCCGGUCAAGAUGAAUCGAUUCUUCGGGAAGGCGAAACCCAAGGCUCCGCCGCCCAGCCUGACUGACUGCAUUGGCACGGUGGACAGCAGGGCGGAAUCCAUUGACAAGAAGAUUUCUCGGUUGGAUGCUGAACUAGUGAAGUAUAAGGAUCAGAUCAAGAAGAUGAGAGAGGGUCCUGCAAAGAAUAUGGUCAAGCAGAAAGCCUUGAGAGUUUUAAAGCAAAAGCGGAUGUAUGAGCAGCAGCGGGACAAUCUGGCCCAACAGUCAUUUAACAUGGAACAAGCCAAUUACACCAUCCAGUCUUUGAAGGACACCAAGACCACGGUUGAUGCUAUGAAACUGGGAGUAAAGGAAAUGAAGAAAGCAUAUAAGCAAGUGAAAAUUGACCAGAUUGAGGAUUUACAAGACCAGCUGGAGGAUAUGAUGGAAGAUGCAAAUGAAAUCCAAGAAGCUCUGAGUCGCAGUUAUGGCACCCCAGAAUUAGAUGAAGAUGACCUAGAAGCAGAGUUGGAUGCACUGGGUGAUGAGCUUUUGGCUGAUGAAGAUAGUUCUUACUUGGAUGAGGCAGCAUCUGCACCGGCAAUUCCAGAAGGUGUCCCCACUGACACGAAAAACAAGGAUGGAGUCUUGGUGGAUGAAUUUGGAUUGCCACAGAUCCCUGCUUCAUAGACUUGCAUCAUUCAAGUACAUCGUAUAAAAUAAAACAUGUUAUGGGACUAGGAAAUAUUUAUCUUUCCAAAUUUGCAAUAACAGAUUUAGGUUUCUUUUCUUUCUUUGAAAGAAAGAUUAAUUACAUUGCUCUUUUAUUUUUUUCCGUUAAGAGACUCAUUGCUUGGGAAAUGCUUUCUUUGUACUAAAAUUUGAUUCCUUUUUCUCUUAUCAAAGACUAACUUACUUAAAAAAGUAUCUUUGGCUUUGUAUGACUUGUCAUUCAUUAAUAGUUUGAAAUAAAACCAAGGAAAUGAGAAUCUUUAUAAUCUAUGACAAUGUAACUCUACAGUAUCAAAAUGACCAGAUAAAUUGAUAGGACAAAGGUAAGAUUAUUGGGGCUGUUCAUAUUAUGAUUCAUUUUCUCUUGUGGUAUUAUAGGUUGGUUAAAGUGAUGGCCUUUUUUGAUAAAUUUUGUUGUGUCUUGUGAGCAAAUCAUUAUUGUGCCCAGUAUUGGAAUGGAAUUAUCACUACUGUAUCAUGAGUGGAUAUUUUGAUUCUGUGUUUCUCUCAGUAUUACAUCCUGACUUGUAAUCAACAAUGAAUAUUUCUUGAUAUUUAAUGUAUAGGACAUUUAUUUAUACUCAAUAAAUAUUUUUCAAAAGGA